AUGGAUAACGAUACCAAGGAUGAUGGCAACGUUAAUAAUUUUCUAUCCCAACUGAACACCCUAAACAAGAUAAUAAGCUCCUUCAAGGAGACCUGCAAGAUAUCGUCCUACUGCUUCGAUAAAUGCGUGAGCUACCCAGAAAAAAGCCUGAGCAACACGAACAAAAAGUGCAUCUGGAAUUGCACACAGAGAUAUCUAGAGUGUGAUUACUUUAUAAAAAAUCGUUCGAAAGAUAACCCGCAGGUGUCAAAUAUGAACGUACUGGACGAAGUUAUGAACUCCAGCAAGUUGAAGAGAGAGCACGACAAGUCGAGCUCCUUAUAA